AGAAAUCUUCUGAGAGAUGUCAAAAUGGAUAAGAUCUUAUUGUGGAGUUUCCUAUUGACUUUUUCUGGAAGUCAAGCCUCAAGACCCUGGGCUCAAAGAAAUGCUGAAUUUGCAGUGGAUCUUUAUCAAGCUAUUUGUUUAUCUCAUAAGGACAACGUUAUAUUUUCCCCCCUUGGAACAACUUUGGUUCUUGAAAUGAUACAACUGGGAGCAAAAGGAAAAGCACAACAACAGAUAAGACAAACUUUAAAAUUUCAGGAAACCUCAACUGGAGAAGAAUUUUCUGAGCUGAAGUCAUUUUUCUCUGCCAUCUCAGAGAAAAAGCAAGAAUUUACAUUUAAUCUUGCCAAUGCCCUCUACCUUCAAAAAGGAUUCACUGUGCAAGAACAGUAUCUCCAUGGCAACGAGGAAUUUUUUCAGAGUGCCAUAAAACUGGUGGAUUUUCAGCAUGCAAAGGCUUGUGCAAAGACAAUAAGUACCUGGGUAGAAAGCAAAACAGAUGGAAAAAUUAAAGACAUGUUUUCAGGGGAAGAAUUUGGCCCUCUGACUCGGCUUGUUUUGGUGAAUGCUAUCUAUUUCAAGGGGCAUUGGAUACAGAAAUUCAGAAAAGAUGACACCCAGCUGAUGAAUUUCACUAAGAAAGAUGGCGCAGCUGUCAAAAUUCCAAUGAUGAAGGCUCUUCUGAGAACAAAAUACGGUUAUUUUUCUGAAUCCUCCAUGAACUACCAGGUUUUGGAAUUACCUUAUAAAGGUGACAAGUUUAGUUUAAUCAUCAUACUUCCUGCAGAAGAUGUGAACGUAGAAGAAAUGGAAAAAUUAAUUACUGCUCGUCACAUCCUGAAAUGGUUCUCUGAGAUGCAAGAAGAGGAAGUGGAAGUGAGCCUUCCUAGAUUUAAAGUAGAACAAAAAUUAGACUUCAAGAAAGCUUUGUAUUCUUUGAACAUAACUGAGAUAUUUAGUGGUGGCUGUGACCUUUCUGGAAUAACAGAUUCAUCUGAAGUGUAUGUUUCCCAAGUCAUCCAACAAGUUUCCUUUGAGAUAAAUGAAGAUGGCGGUGAGGCUGCAGCAUCAACUGGUGUAAACAUCCCUGUGAUCAUGAGUGUGGCUCGAAACCAAUUUAUAGCAAAUCAUCCGUUUCUGUUUAUUAUGAAGAAUAGCCCAACAGAAUCAAUUUUGUUUAUGGGAAGGGUGACAGAUCCUGACACCCAAAAGAUGAAGGGAAGAGAUUUAGAUUCACUGUGAAUGAAAAGCACAGCCUCAGAAUAUAAGACGAUUCUUGGAAAAU